AUGGGCAUCAUCAAGACGGGCAUCCAGGCCGGCGUGGCCUACGCCGCGGUGAACAAGGUCGCCAACAGCCUCGAGGCGAACGCCAAGGCGAAGGCAGGCAACAAGGUGCCGCCGCACGCGCCGUGUAACUGCCCGCACUGCCCGUUCUCCGCGCAGGCGGUGUACGGCAACGCCCACGGCUCGCGCGACGCCGCCGCCGCCGCGGCGUACGCUUACGGCGCGAGUCCCUACGCCCCCGCCCCCGGCGCCAACGCGAAUGCGAGCUACUACGCCGCGCAGGCUGGCGCGCCGGUCCCGCGCGACAGCGACCACGUGCUCGAGCGCGGCGGUGCGGCGGGCGACGACAAGAAGGGCUACUACGAGUAG